AUGGGAGGUGGAUGCCAGCAAACGGAGCCCAGUGAGCACAGAAGUGGGGGAGGUACAGGUGUUUACACCUGGGAGGAGGUGCAGAAGCACUGCAGCAGGAAGGAUCAGUGGCUGGUCAUCAGCCGAAAAGUUUACAACAUCACUCAGUGGGCCAGAAGACAUCCAGGCGGGUCCCCGGUCAUCAGCCACUAUGCUGGGGAGGAUGCCACGGAGGCCUUCACUGCUUUUCAUCCUGAUCAAAAGUUUGUGCAGAAGUUUCUGAAGCCUCUUCUGAUUGGAGAGUUGGCAGCGACAGAGCCGAGCCAGGACCAAAACAAAAAUGCAGCAAUCAUGCAGGACUUGCAUGCCUUACGCAUGCAGGCAGAGAAGCAGGGUCUUUUUCAGGCAAAGCUUUUAUUUUUCUGCCUCCAUCUGGGCCAUAUAAUAUUGCUGGAAGCCCUGGCGUGGCUGAUUGUCUGGUUCUGGGGAACAAGCUGGAUCUUGACAUUGCUCUGCUUGCUGAUGUUGGCAACUGCUCAGGUACAAGGUAGUUGGCUACAACAUGACUUUGGUCACCUAUCUGUCUUCAAAAAGUCUCGGUGGAAUCAUCUGAUGCAGAAGUUUGUUAUGGGAUAUUUAAAGGGAGCUUCAGCUAACUGGUGGAAUCACAUGCAUUUUCGGCAUCAUGCAAAAACUAAUGUUCUAAGUAAGGACCCUGAUGUCAACAUGUCAAACAUCUUUGUACUUGGAGCCAAACAGCCAGUUGAGUAUGGCAUUAAAAAGAUCAAAUCCAUGCCCUAUAAUCACCAAUACUGGUACUUCUUUCUUGUGGGACCACCACUGCUCCUUACAGUUGUGUUCAACAUUCAGAUACUGAAAACCUUGAUUUCCCGCCGUGACUGGGUGGAUCUGGCUUGGUACUUAGCAUUCUACCUUCGCUACUUCUCCUGUUCUGUACCCCUCUAUGGACUGUUUGGCUCAUUGGUUCUCCUUACCUGUGUCAGGUUUUUGGAGAGUCACUGGUUUGUGUGGAUAAGUCAGAUGAACCAUAUACCGAUGGAGAUUGAUCAUGAGAAGCACAAAGACUGGCUGACCAUGCAGCUACAAGGCACUUGUAACAUUGAGCAGUCCUUCUUCAACGACUGGUUUAGUGGACACCUCAACUUUCAAAUCGAGCACCAUUUGUUUCCCACAAUGCCUCGCCACAGCUACUGCCUGGUGGCUCCACAGGUGCGUGCACUGUGUGAGAAACAUGGCGUUAGCUACAAGAUGAAAACUAUGUGGCAAGGCAUGGCUGAUGUUGUCAGGUCACUGAAAAUCUCUGGUGAUCUUUGGCUUGAUGCUUACCUCCAUAAAUGA